AUGACUCAACUCCCAAACCCAAGACCUCCCAAGAUUUGGCCUCAUGCCUUCGAUGCCGCCUAUGUGUACAAGCGUCUCAACGUCCCUCAAGACCCCACUCAUCAACAAAUCCUUCGCGACCUCGCUCAAGAAGUCUAUGACGAGGUCGGAGACCAGGCUGCAGCUAUGGGGAGAACAACUGACAACCUUUUCAAAUCGAGUAGAUCCCGUGACAAUAUUCACUUAGAGUGGCACAAGCGAUUAGAUAGAGUGCCAACCGCUGUGACUACUCACAUCAGGGACAAAAAGGCUCUCGUUUCUGCACUAUAUCGACUUACCACAGCUCUUGGAGAAGACCUGGAAGUAGCCUAUGAGGCGCGGGGAGAUACCAAGCAACCCUCAACUAGAGAGACCCCAACCAGCCAAAUAAGACCUUCACCCAGCACGCAAGAACAGGGCAAUAUACAGGAACAGGGACAACCUAGGGGUCUGGCCCAGAGACUGCAACUGGAACAGGGACUGCGGCAAUCUGCAUUUGACUAUAAUCGACCUAAUGUGUUGCCCAAUGUCGAUAUUCAGAUCAUUCGGGCAGAGCGCCCCGAUAUGCCCAUUGCCAUUAGGCUGAGCGACCUCCUUAGAGACAAAUCUGACCCGCUGAAUGUAUCUUCUAAUGGCGACUGGAUCAACAUUUCUAAUAUUGAGUUCGAAUUUUUCAAACAGAAUCUCGUCGCAGAGGGCUAUUUCAACGAAAACGAAACAAUCUGGCUGAGCUAUCUCUCUCUGGAUCAGCUGGAUCCACAGUUGCUUCCUCGGCCACAUACUGGUGAGUCACGACUGACUGCUUUGAAUUUCACGUCGACCAUUCUGCGAACCAUUCAUGGAUAUUGGGUUAACCUUAAAUGCCCAUCCCCAGACCCCCUUGGACAAAGAUCGGACUCACCUCUAGUCAGACCUAAUAUGACGAUCAUUAUCCGAAGUUCUAACAUGUCAGGUGGAGCGCUCAAUUUAAUGUCAGCUUUAGCCCGUCCUGAGGUAGCCAUGGGGUCUAACGCCUCACUCGGUCGCCCAGUCGAUCCUCCAGUCGCUGCCCCAGUCGCUAGCUCAGCCAAUCGCACACUCGGUCCCUACGAGCAACGGAUGGCUGCAUACCAGGCUAAGAGAAGGGAAACUGCGAAGCCCCGACGACGAACGAGACGCCAGACUCAAACUACAGUUAAUCCUGCACCUGACCCUGCUGCUAAUAGUUCUGAUAUCUUAGAUCCUGGUCUCCUUGAUCCUGCUCUCUUUAAUCAGGAAGCCUUUGGUCCGCCCAUUGGCCAGGGGAACGAUGACAAUCUAGCUGGACUUCUAGAUCCCGACCUAUUCAACACAGAAGGCUUGGCCGACAAGGAUCUCCAAGCUAUGGAUGCAUUUUUGGCGCAGAAUAAUACCUUCGGUAGACCUGAAGGAGAAGGUGAGUUUGGUGAGUUUGGAGAGUUUGAUGGAGGAGGUGAGUUUGGAGGAGAUCAAUUUGGUCGGUUUGGUGGAUAUUAG